AUGCUUUGCCCAGCGCUUCUCCGGGUUGGGCGGCUGCCGCUGUCCCGAGGCCUGCUCACCCUGGGGCACCACUCCCGUCUCCCCACCGCUCCCUGUCUCCUCUACCGCCGGGGCCUGGCUUAUGUGCAGGGCCAGAGCCCCGAGCCCCGGGUCCGAGAGUAUUUCUAUUACAUCGACCACCAGGGCCAGCUGUUUUUGGACGAUACCAAAGUGAAGAAUUUCAUCACCUGCUUUAAAGACAGACCGUUUCUGGUGUUUUUCUUCAAGCGGCUGAAAAGGAACGCGACCGGCCGCUACCAGGAGGAUUUCCCUUACGUCUCGCCCUGCGGCCCAGAGAGGAAUUUCAUUCGCUGCGAUGACCGCCCCAUCGUAUUCACUCACUUGGUGGGCGACGCAGCCUCGGGGGAUCACCUCCUAUCCUACUGUGGGGGAGGGGAGAAGCUGGCGGUGAAGUUUGACCCGGAGAGACUGGUGAUGUUACCGGAGAACGGACGGGUUUAUCACCCGGCUCCUGAGAAAUGUGGCGGGGUCGGGCUCGUGAAAUCCUCCCUCGCCUUUGAGCUGAGCCCCUGUUUUGAAUACAGCAACGCGUCCUGCGGCGAGCCGCCAUCUUACUUUAACUGGAACAAUAACCGCUACGCGCUCACCAACGAGCUGAUAAAACUCAUCCGAGGCGAGCCGUGCGACUUGGCCUGAGGGCCUUCUUUGUUUUUCUUGGCACUAUGGCACGUGUGCACCUUAGAAACACGGUGUUGAUCUAUACAUUUAGUUAAGCUGAAGGGGGCGCAUGCGCUUUAAUACACCAUUCAGCUUGGGGUCUAUUCACAAACUUGGGGGAGAGCUCCCCAACUUCACUGCGCAUUAGGAAGGGCUGAC